UGGCUCUCCCAAAACACCUGACUGCUCCAAAGCUCCUCUCCAGAGGGGCUGUGUGUGCUGGGCAGCUGAUCCCGUGGUCAGGGCCUCGGGACAUGGCAGGGGAUGCUUUUCCAUCAUUUCCCUCCACUUUCCUAAAAACAAACCCCUCCUUUCCCUGGUGCUGAGCAUCUCCCGCCUCCUCCUCCCCUGUCCAGGGCUAACCUGGUGGACCUGCAGAAGAAGCUGGAGGAGCUGGAGCUGGAUGAGCAGCAGAAGAAGCGCCUGGAAGCCUUCCUGACUCAGAAAGCCAAAGUGGGGGAGCUGAAGGACGAUGACUUCGAGAGGAUCUCGGAGCUGGGCGCUGGCAAUGGUGGGGUGGUCACCAAAGUGCAGCACAAACCCUCAGGGCUCAUUAUGGCACGGAAGCUGAUCCAUCUGGAAAUCAAACCAGCCAUCAGGAACCAGAUCAUCCGGGAGCUGCAGGUGCUGCACGAGUGCAACUCCCCCUACAUCGUGGGCUUUUACGGAGCCUUCUACAGCGAUGGGGAGAUCUCCAUCUGCAUGGAGCACAUGGAUGGAGGCUCUUUGGAUCAAGUGUUGAAAGAAGCCAAAAGAAUUCCUGAGGAAAUCCUGGGCAAAGUCAGUAUAGCGGUUCUGCGGGGCCUGGCCUACCUGCGGGAGAAGCACCAAAUCAUGCACAGAGAUGUGAAACCCUCCAACAUCCUGGUGAAUUCCCGAGGGGAGAUCAAGCUCUGUGAUUUCGGGGUCAGCGGGCAGCUCAUUGACUCCAUGGCCAACUCCUUUGUGGGAACUCGGUCCUACAUGUCUCCCGAGCGCCUGCAGGGCACGCACUACUCGGUGCAGUCGGACAUCUGGAGCAUGGGGCUGUCCCUAGUGGAGCUGUCGAUCGGAAGGUACCCAAUCCCCCCGCCAGACUCCAAGGAACUGGAAGCAAUUUUUGGCCGUCCUGUGGUGGACGGGGCGGAGGGAGAGUCCCCCAGCAUCUCGCCGCGGGCCAGGCCCCCAGGACGCCCCGUCAGUGGCCACGGGAUGGACACCAGGCCUGCCAUGGCCAUCUUUGAGCUGCUGGAUUACAUCGUUAACGAGCCGCCUCCCAAGCUGCCAAGUGGAGUCUUCACGCAAGAUUUCCAGGAGUUUGUAAAUAAAUGCUUAAUUAAAAACCCAGCAGAACGAGCAGAUCUGAAGAUGCUGAUGAGCCACACGUUCAUCAAGCGCUCCGAGGUGGAGGAGGUGGAUUUUGCGGGCUGGCUGUGCCGGACGCUGCGGCUGAACCAGCCCAGCACUCCCACCCGAGCUGCCGUGUGAGCCCAGCUGGCACUGCUGCCUCUGCCACCGCUCCCCGUCCUCCCUCCUCGCAGAACUGCCCCUCCCUCCUCCUCCUCCCAGCCCCAGCGCCAAAGCCCCGGCCCCAAAGCUCCGGGCCCUGGCAGCGUCUCCAUCCUCGGGAAUGCCCGGUGGGGUCGGUCCCUUUGGAUAUGGGGAUGUUCCAGGCCUCUGCUCCAGCUCUGGAGCUCCUGACAUUUGGGAAUUGUGGUGCUGCUUAUGUUGAUUUUUCUUUAUUUUGGGUUUAGUUGGGUUUUUUUCGGUUUGUUGUUUGUUUUUUGGGUUUUUUUGGGAUGUGUUCACUCGGGUUAAACAAGAAGGUAACGGGGGGUGCGAGGUGCGGGGAAUGAGGGAUGGGCAGCUGAUGCUUCACCUGCUGCCGGAUUUUCUCUCUGGGAUGGAGAAUCAGGGGGAUCAGGAGUGGAGAAGCCCUGCCCGGGGACACAGAGCAGCUUUGCCUGGGCUGCUUUUUAAACGGAUCUUUUAAAGCCUGGCCUUGUCCCACGCUGGAUGUUCAGGGCCGGGAUUGGGAUGGGGAUUGG